AUGGCCACAGGACCGAGGACAGGCGGACACGGGAGGCCGGGCACGGGGCGAUGGCCACAGGACCGAGGGCGGGGCGCACGGGCCGCCCUCCCGAGGACCGGCGGGCGGAGUCGGGCGCUCACCAGCGCCCUGGGCGUGGCCGGCACCGUCGCCGUCGCCUCCGGACCCAUGGCGGAGGCUCCUGCCGAGGCCCCCGCGGCCCCGCCGGCCUGCCGCUUCUUCCUGGAGGGCCGCUGCCGCUUCGGCGCCCGGUGCCGGCAGCCUCACCCGGGGGCUCACCCGGGGGCCCCGAGGCCUCACCCGGGGGCGCAGCCCGAGGCCGCGGCCAAGAAGCCGCCGCUGCGCACGGCCGCGGCCGUCAUCCAGCGCAUCCGCUGGGACCCGCGCCUCGACCCCGCCGACUUCUCGGUGGGCUACGCCGACCGCUUCCUGGGCGUGCGCGAGGAGCCCUUCGGCGCCUUCUGCUGGGACGAGCCGCUGGCCGCGCUCGGGCCGGGCGUGCUGGCCGUACCGCAGCACCGCGUGCGCUACUUCCGCUUCCGCGGCCGCCUCGUGUGGGACCGCGCCUCGCGCACCGACCUGGUGUUCGGCUCGGGCGCGGCGGCCGGCCGCGGGCCCACCAUCCUGGACGCGCUGGACGCACUGGAUGCACACCGGGUCCUGAACGCACAGGGGCCUAGGGCUGGCCCUGCGCGACUGGAGGCCCACGCUGCCCAGGGCAGAGGUAGUGGGAAGCCAGCCCAGACACGGCCCCAGGAAUCGAGUUCAGAGGAGCGGGGAGAGGCACCCGAGGAGAGUGGGCUGCAGGAGGCCGACCCUGCUGCCCGGGUUCAGAGCGGAGAGGUGGGGAGCGCACUGACGCCAGCAGGGCCCAGCAGGGCCACGGAGCUGCCAGGCCUGGAGGGGUCGGGGUGGUCUGCUGGGGAGCUGGACGCAGCGUGGGGCCCCAAGGCCGCAGCACCUCGGCCACCACGCCCCACACACUUCGUGGCGCUCAUGGUGACCGAGCUCGGGCUGCAGAAGGCGGUGGCACGGGCCCAGGAGUACCUAGUCCAAAUGGCCCCAUCCUGUGCCCCGUUCCUGGUGCCCCCCGAGGCCCUGCACCUGACAGUGGCCCUGCUGCGCCUGGCGGGCCCUGGGGAGGAAGCAGCGGCCAUCGGGGCUCUGAGACGGGCACUGUCUGACCCCGACUUGCCAGCACCCCGGUGGCUGAGCUUCAGGGACCUGGUGCUCCAGGGCCACCAUGUGCUUUGUGCCCUGCCCCACCCCCCUCUGGACAGCAUGGUUCAAGCCCUGAGCCAGAGGCUGGAGGCUGAGGGGCUGCAGGUGCUACAGCCCACUGGAAGCCUGCACCCCCACCUCACCCUGGCUAAGGUACCCCACGGCUCCAGUGUCUGCCUCCCCGAGCCUGGGGUCUGCCUGAGUCCUGAGGCAAGCCAGCCACUGGGGAAGGUCUGGCUGUGCCGCGUGCGCCGGGCAGGGGGUGCCUACCAGGCCCUGGCGGAGAUCCACCUGGGGUAAUCCCCGGCCCCCGCAGGAAGCAGGGGAAGCCACGCUCGCUCUCUCUUUCUCUUUAUUUUGGUUUCUCUCAAGCUUCCAAGUGCUGUGCAGUGUCCAAGGAAAGAAUGGAGGGGAGGGGGAGAGGGAGGCAGAGGAGGAGCAUCGGGAAAGCGGCAGCCUGACAGUGCAGCUGUGGCCAAGCUCCGGCACGGCCUCCGUAC